AUGUCAAUUAUGCGUAAAAAAAAUCGUACAAAAUAUACUGACGAUGACGAUGACAAUGAUAAUAGUGGUUAUUAUAAUCAAAAUAUUGAUUACUCAAUGAGUAAUAAUGUUAAAUAUUUAACACCAGAAAAAUAUCAUUGGAGACAACAUAAAGAAGUACCUAAUCGUUUGUCAAGAUCAUCUAUUGAUGAUGAAAUACAACUAGAUAAGAAUACUGAAUAUACUCUAACACCACCAAUAUAUCGUCUUAGACAAAUCUAUCCUGCUUUAUGGAAUUCUAAUGAAAACAAAUAUAAUCAUCAAGAUCAACAAGAAUCAUUUGAAGAUAUUGAUCAAAAUAAAGUAGACAUAUCGUAUACAGAGUAUCCUGUUAUGAUGGAAGAUUUUAUAUUAACAAAAAAACCAAUUGAAGAUGAUACUACUUAUUAUUAUAAACCUAAACAUACACAAGUAUCAUAUAGAUACAAAGGUGCAUUGAAUAAUUCUGAAGUUCCAGAACGUGCAAUGAAAAACAUAAAUGAAUAUGUUCCACAACCAAAUCGUAAUUUAUCAUCAAAUUCUCUAGAUGAUGAAAAAUUAUAUUCAAAUAGACCAUCAAUAUCAAAUAAUAUUGAUCAUCGAUAUCAAUCAUUUGCUCAUAGUAAUGGAUUCUCACCAACAAUCAUUCCAUUUUCACGUACUGUUCGAUCCACAACAGAUGAUAAUUUGAAUGAUUUUAUACCUACAAGUUUUCGUGGACAGAAUGGUUCAUAUUCUGUAUUUUAUCGAUCACCAUUAUCUUCUAGAGAAUAUCUUCAUGAAAAAAUUCCAUCGAAUAACGAUAAUUAUGUUUCAACAGAACUAGAUAGCAAAUAUUAUUUCGAAGUAACUGAUAUUGGAACAGCUACUGAUGGUCUUUCUUCAGAUCAAACACAGUUAAAUACAUCGAGCAAUAAUGGGAAUUCUUCUUUCCAAAAAGUACAUAAAGAAAAUCGAGAAUCAUUAUUUACAAAGCAAAGUUCUCGUAGUGAAAGUGAAACAUAUCGAGUUCGUCAACAAUCUAGAAGUUAUACAAAUGAUGGUAAAUAUGAUACAGAUAACAGUCCAACAAAUCAAAAUUCAACACGUAGUUCUAAUAAUAAAGCAUCAACAAAUCAUUCAUAUAUAAAUCCAAAUAGGCCUACUAAUUACAAUUCAGAUACUAUAAACAAUGAUCAAUCAUCAAAACGAUCAUCAUCAAUUCAAAAUAAUGAAGAUGAAAGUCAUCGAUCUACACCUCAACCUUCAUCAAUAAUUCGAAAAUUACAUGAAACAAAUCCACUCGCUAAUUCACAACAUACCGAAUAUGAAAAUGUUUUCAAUAAUACUGAACAUGAACCGAGUUUAUCUAAAAAAUCAAGUGCAAAACCAUCAACAAUACCUACUAAAACAGGUGAUGGUUCAGAUACUAUUCAUUCAGGUCUUACACCUCGUCGACCAUCUUCAACACCACCAACUGAUUUAGAUGCUGAAACAAGAAACGGUAGUGGACGUCAACAUCCACGUCCAACAUAUCCUAGAACACCAAGACCACCUCAUGAUAAUCAAAUGGAUGGAAACUAUGAUUCUGAUACAACAUCUGAGCCUACUCGUCGAAUUCCUCCAUCAAUAGUUGAAUCGAAAAAACCGAAACUUAUAGAUGGAUUUACUCAAUCUGAAGAAAGACCUACACGAAAUGUUGGUACAAUGCAUGAACCAAUUCAAACACGAAAUUUUGGUAAUGAAGUACAACCACAAUCAUCAUCAACACAAACAUCAUAUCCAUCACAUAUAAAACCAUCAAAAGAACCCUUUACUUUUAUAGAACGCCGUGAACCUAUUGAAGCACCAUGUACUAACUAUUAUCCUGAUUCAAGAAUAUGUGGUUCACCACAACAUGUACCUGAUGAUGUAUACUAUGAUCUAUAUGAUAAAAAACCUCAUGAACAUAUUGAACGUCGAUCUCCAUCACCAUCACCACCUCGACAAACAACUGAUUAUAUUUAUGAUGGACAUUAUCAUCCAUGUUAUCAUACACAAUAUAAAGAUCAUUCACAUCAUCAACCAAUUUCAUCAGAUGAUUAUGAUCGUUCUCAAAGAUCUCGUACUUAUUCUCCACCAUUACCACCAUCAGUAAUAUUACAUCGUCCUAUUACUAUACCAACUCAUGAUCGUAUACUAACACCAACACAUCGAACACGUACAGCAUCAUCACCACAACAACGACCUCGUAAACCAUCACCACAAUAUCGAUGUCAUACUCCAACGCCUUCACGUCCUUCACGUCAUGUUUCACCAAAUCGUCGACCACGUUCAACUACUCCACGUCAUCGACCACAUAUGCAUUCACAAGAAACAGAUACAAGUCUUGAUGCAAUGAGAAAACAACAUCAUACAGGUGUUCAAUAUGAACCUCGAUCAACACAAGAAAAAGGUACAACGCCAAGUAUACGAACAAGAAUACAACCAAUAAAUCAACGUUCAACAACAAUAAAUUCAUCAAUAUAUUAUCAAGAAAAAUAUCCUACAGCACAUCCAACAUUAACUAGAGAUUAUGAUCGUUCACGACAACAGUAUUGUAGAAAACCACCAAAUUACGAUGAUUAUAUAGAAGAUUAUUGUCGACACAAUGAAGAAGACGAAGAAGAAGAAGAAGACGAAGAUGAAACACCUUCAAUGCAUGAUCAAUCAACUAUGGCUGAACUUAUUGUUUAUUUAGAUCAUUAUACACAAUGUGAAUCACAACCAUUUAUGGCUGAUCGUUAUAUUCAAACAACACCAAUAGUAGAUGAAAAUGAACAACGAAAUAUACCUGAUUAUGCUGAUGAAUCAUUUAUUCGACAAUUACCACGUAGUGGUUCAAUAUCUAUUCAACAACCAAUGAUUAUACAACCAGAUUCAUUACCACGUCGACAACCAUCACGACCAUCACCAACACGUCCUAAACGUGAUGGUAUUGAUUAUACAGGAAAUAAUCUUGAAGUUUCACUUCAUCAUGGUUUACAACGAGUAUCAUCUAUACGAGAUUCACCUUUACUUAAUAUUGGUACUCAAAAUGUUCUAAAUCAACCAAUUGCAAAUGAAUAUGUUACUCCAUUUGAAACACGUUUUAUAUAUGAAUCAGAUACUACAUCAUCAAUGAGAUCGAGAAGUGAUCGUUCCGUUCUUGUACCUGUUCUUAAUUCAGCACGGACUCAUCUAUUUACUAGAAGUCCACCACGUCAAUCAAAAAGUAAUGGAAAUUUUUAUCUUUCAACUGCACCACCAUCACGUUCAACAAAUUCAUCAUUGCGUAUUGAUAUAGCAACUGAUAAAUCUUAA